AUGAAGAAUAAAAACAAAAGCCAAAUUCUCAGAUCAAACCCUUCGGUCACUACCACCCUUCUAGUUCUGUGCUCCACUUUCUUUCUCCUCCUCCAAAUAAACCCAACUGCCGCUGCCGCCGUUUAUGAGCCUACUUAUAAGCCAUACGUACCCCCCGAGCUCUAUAGAGACGGCUAUCUUCAACAAACAAAGUUCGAAUCAUUUGAAUACCCAACAUUAUCCCGACAGUGCCAUCUAGGCCUUUACUAUUUUCAGUCUGAAGAUCAACAAAUUGGGUCAAACUACAACGAACCAAUAGUUGCUUGGGAAGGUGUAGUCAUUCGGGAAGGUUACGACGACAAAUCUGUUCGCUCAUGGGUGGACGACGUAGACAGUGCGACUAAUACUGUUACAGCCUGCUACAAUGUGAAAAAUAACAUAGAUCCUUUUCUUGUCGACAAAAUUGAUGCGUACUAUCUCUCCGGGUGGCGUGGUUGUAACUUUUAUAUGACUGAAGACUGCACGCGUCCACCUGACAGAGACUGGGAACAUCAAAAGUAUGUUGAAACCAUCAAUUGUAAUUCCCCAAAACUAUACGAGUACGAAAAAUACAACUCUUGGAGGUCCAAUUCCGCGAUACUGUUCAAAAAAGUGAAGAGGAAGGUGAAAAGCUUCUCAUGCUACCAGAGUCUUCCAUCUAUUAAAACUGAGGGCGCACGAAGUGAAACCGUAUCGUGCAAAAUAACUUUGGGAAACGGCGGUGAUCAAAGGCCAGCUUACAACGAAAUAGAUAAGGCAAACGGUGCUGAUCUUGUUAUCUCGAGGGAAUAUUCCUACAAUUUUCAUGUGUUUGGGGCCUUUAGACCUUUACAAGGGCGUCGUUGUGAGAGGGUAUCCGAUAAUGACCCGUUUAAGGAUAGGGAUGGGAUUGUCAUGAGGCGCUGGGAGAUCGAAGGCUGUACAUGCGAAUUCUUCACUAAUGACAAGUGUGAGGGUAAUCCACUUGUCAGGGAUGGGACUAGCUUCUAUGUAAAUAGGAAUGCUCCUCGGUAUUAUCAGUUCCAGGUUAUCAGAAGUUUUCGUUGCGAACAUUUCUGGGGGCCACCAAUGGACCGACAAAGAAACCUGCACUCUCGGGAGUGCAUCCCGUAA